UCCAUGGGGAAAGAAUAGUCUCUUCAACAAAUGGUGAUGGGACAACUGGAUAUCUACAUGAAAGAUAUAAAGUUGGAACCUUACCUGACUCCGUAUAAAAUGUUCAACUCAAAAUGGAGCAUAGAUCUGAUAUAUGAGGUAAAACUACAAAACUCUUAGAAGGAAGCAUAGGGGUAAAUCUUCAACCUCGGACCUGGCAAUUCAGUUCUUUUCAGGAAGGGACGGCCCAGAGCUCAGAUGGCAUCCAUCUCCCCCCUGCCUCUUGAGGCUGUGGGCUGGACACAGCGGUCAAUAUCACCAUGAUGAGAGAGUGGGCACCUCUCAUGGGCCUGAGACGGCCUGAGUGCCUGGGCCUGAGUCGGCCCAUGUUCCUGAUUUGGGGAUCUGGGCAGAAGCAUGAGCAGUGGGUGCAUGUGGAGGGUAAUACAGGGUUCCUCUGGAGAGAGGCUGACCACUGGCUUGCUUGUCUCCAUCAUGGCAGGACCAUGUGAUGUUUGAGGAUGUGUUUGUGUCCCUCUCCUAGGAAGAGUGGGAGUUUCUUGAUGAGGCUCAGAGACACUUCUACCAUGACAUGAUGCUGGAGAACUUUGCCCUUAUAGUCUCACCUGCUAAGGCCCUCACUUUCACCCCAUCCUGGCCAGGGCUCUUCACUUCCCCUUUUACCCAGAUACUAUUCUAUCCUUCCCACAGUCAGACCAUGGGAAUGAGGACUGCUUCAUUCCCAGAUUCCCUAUGUUAAGUGUUGUGUCCGGGAUAGGCUAUUUCCACUGUUGCCUCUCUCAAGCAGCCCUGCUGUCUGCUGCCUGGAAGCCCAGCAGAAGUUUUAGGAGUCAGAACUCUUCCAGUCUGCUCAAUGAUUCCCACCCAGCUUGGCCUCUCUCUAGUCAGGUGACUGUGUCCGGAUGUGCGGCACCUCUCUACCCCAAGUUCUUCCCCCUCCCUCCGCCUGAUAUUUCUGAGGUCUGCCUGUGCCAAGAAUUUGGGCACUGACAUGGUCAAUGCUUGUAGGGACUGCCAGGCUAUGCCUGAGAGAUACUUCCUCAACAGUUCUUUAUGUUAGUUGUAGUUCCCACGUUCUGUGUGUGCUAGGUUGUUCAUCUUCCCUAUGUUUCCUUAGGACUUGUGUGUCCUCCAGGUCCCGUUUAGUUUCCCGACUGGCGCAGGGUCAGGCGGAAGCCCCCAGCGCUUGGCCAGGCAGACACAAGUACAGCUGCAGCCAGGGAAGUUCACAGUGGGCCAGGUCCUGCUAAGUGGGGACCCGGGGAGGGUAUAAUGUUAAGGCUUAGUUCAAAUGUACUGGCAAACUGCCCCAUGUCUACCAUUUGUUUCGUAUCAAAGUUGUAACAGACAGUGGUCUGGAUCACUGGGCGGAAGAGCCAAGCAGCACUCGGAGAUCUUGGGAGGCAGGAGGUUUAUUUUACACUGGUGGGCUCAGAGGAGAUCAUUCUCCAGAGGUGUGAGCCCAGAGCAUCAGUAGCAGGGACAAUUUAUAGUCUGUUCGAGAGCGAGAGUGAGGCAAGCGGGGUAGGAGGAAAAACCUGGAACAGGGGUCUUCGGGCAGGGACUGGAAUUCCCCUAUCAGUCCUUGUUGGCCAUCUCAUAACAGAUUUUUCCCUAUCAAAGUCACUAGCCACACCAAAUUUCUACCUUUGCUCCCCCAUUUGCCAGCCUGUCAUUUUUACUCUGCCUUCUGGUCCCUGUUGAUUCCCCCACCUGUCUGGCCUCCAUCUCUCACCUAUUCUCCACUGUUCUCUCUGCAGCACUUUCCAACAUUGGCCUACACAUGAUCCGACGUACAUUUGCAUGUGCCCCUAAAUAGUCCCUGGAAACCAGCUACAGUCUAUUCGCAUUUUCUGCCAUAGCUUAUGUUCUGUAAAGUCACCCCAAACACUGAAUUAGUGAAUAUGGAAUCACUGCUCCUAGGGGAAUUGGAGGGUUAGGAUCCUGUAAGCCCCUGCACAACAUUUUCAUCAAUAGAUCAAUGUUUAAUGUCAUUUUAUAUAUGUUUCUGUUUAGAGACACUUUAUUUAAUAUAUAUUGUUGAUUCAUUAGCAUUGAAUUCAUAGCUGACAGCUCUGUAACUCAUGCCUGAACACAGUUUAUCUAACACAUGUGUUUUCUCCCUGAGGCACAUCACAGCCUUCUUGUGCUUUGGGACACCAGACAGCACUUGAGCACUGUGUCUACGGCCCAUUUUAAACAGCAAAAUCACCAACUAAAAGCUCAACCUCACUAAAAAUGUGGCAGUAAUUAUAUCAUUCAUAGGACUCUUAUUUACAGCAUUGAGCUGAAAUUAGAAGGCAGAGUCUCAUCUUCUUCGACCUCAGCUGGGAACAUGCUGAUGGAAACCCCAAGCCCAAGGGCCUGAGUUUAUAUGGAACAGUUUGUAUGUCUGGCAACCGGUGGAAAGUUAUCCCAGGCAAAGGCAUUAGUGUCAUUCGAAGACGUGGCUGUGACCUUCACUGGAGAGGAAUGGAGACAACUGGAUCUGGCCCAGAGGACCUUAUACCAGGAGGUGAUGCUGGAGACCUGUGGGCUCCUGGUCUCACUGGGACAUCCUGUUCCCAAACCAGAACUGAUCUACCCACUGGAGCCUGGGCAAGAACUAUGGACAGGGAAGAGAGGCGUCUCCAAAAGCACCUGUACAGGUGAAAAAGCAAAACCUGAGACCACAGAGUUUACUGCUUCUCAGCUGGCCUUCACUGAGGAAGCCCCUUUUGAGGAACAAAUGACACAGGGAGCCUCGAGGGAUUCCAGGUUGGGGCAAGCCAGGGAUCGGGAAAAGCUAUCAGAAAUGCAGGAAGGAAACUUGAGGCCAGGAACAGAUCCCCACGAGGAGACAUGCCCUAGGAAGUUGAGCCAUAAACAUGAUGAUUUGGAGACAGAUGAUAGUUUGUGUUUAACCAUUUUACAGGAGCGAGUCACUAUACAAGAUGAUCUACAUGAACAUGAUUGCCAAGGACCCAGAAAAGACCCUGUGACCGAUGCAAGGAAUAACCUGUAUAAAUGCAAAGAAUGCGGAAAAGGGUUUAGCAAGAAUUGGGCCCUUGUUCGGCAUCAACAGAUUCACGCCGGAGUGAAGCCCUAUAAAUGCAGCGAAUGUGGGAAAGCCUGUCGUUAUAUGGCCGACUUCAUUCGACAUACGAGGUUUCAUACUGGGGAAAAACCAUACAAGUGUGUGGAGUGUGGGAAGGCCUUCAAACGCAGGUCUCACCUCACAGAGCACCAGCGCAUUCACACCGGAGAUAAGCCCUAUGAGUGCAAAGAAUGCGGUAAAGCUUUCACCCACCGCUCCUCUUUUAUCCAGCAUAAUAUGACGCACACUAGAGAAAAGCCCUUUUUGUGCAAAGAAUGUGGGAAAGCCUUCUACUACAGCUCUUCCUUUGCUCAACACAUGAGGAUUCACACUGGAAAGAAACUCUAUGAGUGCAGUGAAUGUGGAAAGGCCUUUACUCACCGCUCCACUUUUAUCCAGCAUAAUAUGACCCACACAGGAGAAAAACCCUUUCUGUGCAAAGAAUGUGGAAAAGCUUUUUGCCUCAACUCAUCCUUUAUUCAACACAUGAGGAUUCACACUGGAGAGAAACCCUAUGCGUGCAGUGAAUGUGGAAAGGCCUUCACUCACCGCUCCACUUUUGUCCGGCAUAAGAGGACUCAUACUGGAGAGAAGCCCUUUCAAUGCAAGGAGUGUGGGAAAGCCUUUUGUGAUAGCUCUUCUUUAAUUCAGCACAUGAGGAUUCACACUGGUGAGAGGCCCUACGAAUGCAGUGAAUGUGGAAAGGCCUUUACACACCACUCGGUUUUUAUCCGACAUAAUAGAACCCACACUGGAGAAAAACCCUUGGAGUGUAAACAGUGUGCAAAAGCUUUUUACUAUAGUUCUUCCUUUACUCGACACAUGAGGAUUCACACUGGCGAAAAGCCCUAUGUAUGCAGAGAAUGCGGGAAGGCCUUUACCCAACCGGCAAAUUUUGUUCGUCAUAAUAGGAUCCACACUGGAGAAAAACCAUAUGAAUGCAAAGACUGUAAGAAGGCCUUUUGUGACAACUUUGCCUUAACUCAACACACGAGAACUCACACUGGAGAGAAACCCUUCGAAUGUGGUGUAUGUGGAAAAACCUUCAGCCACAGUUCAUCCUUUACUCACCAUCGAAAAAUUCAUACCAGAGUGUAAAGGCCUUUGCAAGUCAUUUACUUCAAUUUUAAGGAACUCGUACUGGUGAAAUACCUUUUCUUUUGAAUAUAACUAUUCAGGAAAACAUUUUGGCCAGAGAAGUAUUUUCCUAUCUGAUAAUUCAUACUGAAGAGAAACAUCAUAAUCGUCAUCCCUGUGAAAGUUUCUUUGUGGCAGGUCCUCUCAAAGGUCGUCUUAGAAAUUGACCAAGCCUAGAGCUUUAACUACCCCUGAGGUUGAUCCAGAAGAGAGACCCAGUGGUUAUGCAUUUAGGAAAAAUGUCAAGAAUUCUUCCCAUGUUUAUACUACAGAACCAUAUCAAAAGUAUCUUAAAAGUACAAUGAGACAUAGUGAAGGAGAUGUAGAAAAGAAAGGAAAACAAAAUGCGUGUAUGGCUUCUAAUUUCCCUGCCAAGCUUGUGAUAAUUUGUCAUUGGGGGGUGGUGGGGAUAUGGGCGGGGGGGAUGAGAGAUGAAAAAUACCUCAUCUCCUUUAUGUGUUUAUUAUAUACCCGUAGUCAGGAGAGUUGGACCAUUGAAGGCAGCUCUGCUGCCAGCUUUUUUUUUUUUUUUUUUAUUCGAAAACAUUGUGAUUUUUACCCUUGAGCAUAAAUGUUUGUGAGAGAUGUAGAGGCCUGAGUCAUGAAAUACUUAAAUACACACACACACACACACGCACAGAGUCAAUUCUUGUUAUUCAUUGUAGUUGUAUUCUAUACAUUGAUCACAAACACUGAAUUGGUGAAUAGUGAGCCAUAGCUCCUAGGUUCCUGUGAGCCUCUGUUCACAUUUUCAUCAACCAAUCAAUGCGUAACCCAUUAUGGAAUUUUUUUUUUCUGUUUAAAAGACAUUUAUUUAAUACAUGUUCCCUAGAAAUAAAUUAUAUGCAGUAUUUCCUUAUAAUAAAAAUAUUUCAAUUACAUCAUUUUGUGUAACUUAGUCUGUUACUAUACUGCUUUAACUCAGUGAUACACACAGAAAGUAUACAUAAUUUAGUAUUCACACACAAUAAACACAGUAAGCA